AAGAGUUUCGAAAAUUUCAAUUUUUUCAGGGGACAGAAAUUUUCCUAUUUUUGAUGUGUAGUAUCUGGAUCACGGACAAUCGAUAUUUCUUGAUUUUUGUUUGCGUUCGUCCGACGAUGUAGGGAUCUAACAGCGACUUAAGGGUGUUUGGAGGGAUGCUGGAACAGUAUGGGACGGUCCAGAGAGCAGCUCCACCCAUGAGGCCUGCGCUCCGCCUUCGCAAAAUUCAUUUUAUCGGGGGUUGUACUGCACUUUCUAUUAGUUAAAUCGGCCCGUCUGGACCCGUCGGUCGGUUUAACGUCAGUCACAGCCAUAAUCUUGGAGAAUUUACCGACAAAGUGCUCUUCGGAUCCGGAUUGCGAAGUGACAGUUCAUUCUAUCGACAUGUUUUAAUUUUUAUAUCCGACCGUGUUAACGUGUGAACGAAAUCAUACUUCCGACAUGUCGAUGCUGACGUACAAUGGCUGCGCCGGAGGAACGGUAGACACGGAGAACGGUUCGCCAGCUGAGUCGAUACUGUCCGGCGAAGGGGAACUCCCGGAGGAAGUCGGCGACUCUCCCGGAACGUCGAGGGACACGGAGGAGGAGGCCACGCUCUCGGAUGAAUUUUACUCCCAUGACACCGACGAGGAGGAGGAGCAGCAAGGCAAGAAAAGGCGAGAUCGCAACAAUUCCCUAGACGGGAUUUCGUCCUCUGGUGGCAGUCACCUCGGUUCACCGACUCCUCGUGUAGGGACACUGGGAGUUCGCAAAUUGUUUACGAACAGCCGUGAACGUUGGCGACAGCAGAAUGUUAGCGGAGCUUUCGCCGAGCUUCGAAAAUUAGUGCCCACUCAUCCACCGGAUAAGAAACUGUCGAAGAAUGAGAUCCUGCGAAUGGCGAUCAGGUACAUACGAUUGCUGAGCAACGUGUUGGAAUGGCAAAAGGCGCAGGAGCAAAACGAGGCGGCGCAGCACGAGGUCCGGAUCAAGUGCGAGCCGAAUUUCAACCCUCAAAAUUCGAGCUAUCACGCGAAAGCAUCGGCGCAAGCAUACUUGAAGCAAGAGAAGCAGCUGAACGAGAGUCACAUGUACAGAACGAGCUUCGGCAGCCAGAAGCAACUGCAGCAUCCGAUAUCUCACGUCGUGUGUGACAAGAACGGGAACAAUUUGUUAAUGAUCGCGCCUUCCGGCCACAGUAUGACAAAUUCAGCGUGCAAAAAGAGCAUGACACCGUCGACGGUCGUUGCGCAGAGUCCUCUUCCUACGGUGGCGUUGCCCAACGGCAGCAGUUUGACGCGAACCUUGCCUGGCUUGCGAUCCUCCACAUUUCCGAAAUCGCCUCAAAUAAACGCGCAGGUCGUAACCACAUCCAGCAUUCUGACCAAUUGUUCGCCGAGUAUCUCUGUGACGAGCAGCGUGUCCACUGUUAGCGGGAGCGUGGCCAACUGUGGCCAGAAGAAGUUGAAGAUGGAGAAAGAGGAGGAGGAGCAGUUAGGGGGGCAGAGCAGAGAUUGCAAAGCUCUGACGUCUCCGGUGCACGGAGUACCUAUGAGGAAGAGGGUAAAGCUGUUCGUCAAAGACUCCAGUUCAGGAUUUCGUAGUGAUUUCCGGAAUGUCGAGCGUAAAUAAGAUGGACUUGUACGAACAAUUGACAUUGACCGGUCGAGACUGCUCCCGAUGGAGCGGUCGAUCGAUUUGUUUGAAAGUAUCUCCGCCGUAACCUUUAAGAGAUAGUUUCGAUUCUGACGCUCUUGACGAUUGAUUUUACAAUGGUUGUAAUGAAAUUAGAUGUAACUUGUUGAAUUGUUUGAGGUUUGAUUCACGGGUCUGUUAAUUCGGGAUAACGCGUAAAAGAGUCGUAAGAUACGAAAUUGCAAGUUGGACUUCUGAUAAGUGGAGUUGGUAAUCUAGAGAUCAAAGUAAACGUUCUUCUGCGAGUGAAAUGUCGUUCUUCUUUUUUUUUUUUAAAGAAUAUUUUAUUAGUUAAAUAUCAUGUUACACGUGACGAUCUGUACAGCAUCAGGUAAUGAUUUACUUUCACGUUUUACGACCUAUUCAUGCGACAUUUGUUUUCCGAAUUAUCGAAAAAUCAAUCUCGAUUCUGGAAUGGCGAACGGCUCAACGAUGUCGCAGUAAAUUACACAAGAAUCUUCCAUAUAUAAAAUACACAUAUUCAAAGGCUUGACACUGAACGGUGGACAAAGGGUGGAAAAUUUCGGAUGCUAGUGAACUCUCAAUGAUUACGUGUAUAACAAUCGAUUAAAAUAUUGCCUUACCAACGA